AUGAUAUACGAAUUUGGUUAUUGUUUGCUUGCGCUGAUCCUGUUCACAUAUACAGCAGAGUACCUGCUCGGGCUAACAGACAAUGUACAAGAGCCGCCUCGACUGAGAUCCAACAUGCCACUUAUCGGCCACAUCGUUGGGAUACUCCGUUAUGGACCAUCGUAUCAUAGUCAAUUGAGGGUUGCCUCCAGUUCAGAGAUAUUCACUCUAGGUAUUCUCAAUUUCAAGCUCUACACAAGCGUUUCGACCAGACUCUUGCCCGCCAUACAAAGACAGUCCAAGACCCUAUCUUUCCGGCCAAUGAUGCAGCACGUUGCACGUCGAUGGGGCGAUGCGAGUGACGAGACCAACAGAGCCUUCGGUGGACCCUUGUUAGAAGAUUUCAGCCAUGCUAUGAGGAUGAGUCUUGCACCAGGACCUCUCCUUGAUGAACAAAACAAGAGGAUGGCCGAAAGAGCACUCUCGGAUAUCGAUGCUUUGGCCAGCUCCUCGAAGACAGAGGGGAGCAAGAUCAUGCUGUUGGCCUGGGCCCGCCAUGUUGUUACGCAAGCAUCGAGCUGUGGAGUGUACGGAAACGAGCAUCCUUUGAUAGAUCCAGAAGUCGAGCAAGCAUUCUGGACUUGGCAUAGUCAUCUUUCUGCACAUAUCUCAGGCUUGGGUUUUGACAUCUUCCGAAGAGGCUACGCAGCACGACAGAAAGUCUUCGACGCACAUGCCAGAUACUGCAGUGACAUUCCUUCGGACGCAUCUCUACUGUUCACAGAACGCUGGCGCGUCUUGUUGGAAGCCGGUAUAUCCGAGGCGGAUUGCAUUAAGCAGCAAGCAACACUGCCAAUAGGAAUGUUGAGCAACACGGUCCCAACUCUUCAUUGGACCAUCUGCGAACUGUACUCCAGACAAGAUCUUCUGGCUGAGGUUCGGGAAGAGUUGGAAGCUCAUGCGAUCGUCGAGAAAGAAGACGGCUUCGCGCUCGACGUUGCUGCUUUGAAGACCGACUGCUCACUUCUUCUAUCCGUGUUCCAAGAAACCCAAAGGACUCGCCACAUCCAUGCUGCUAUCCGUAAAGUCAUGAGCGAUACGCUGCUGGAUGGCAAGUAUAUACUCAAGAAGGGGAACUAUCUUCAGAUGCCUGGAAGUUCAAUCCAUUCGAACAUUGAAUUAUGGGGUCCUUCAGCGACAGAGUUUGACCCCUACAGAUUUUGCAACCAGGAUUCGCACGCUAGCGGGUCCAAGCAAAGAGGUCGGGACUUUCUUGCAUGGGGCGCACCACCGCAUCUGUGUCCAGCACGACAAUUCGCAGCUAAGGAGAUCCUAAUCUUGGUUGCACUCCUAGUGAUGCGCGUAGAUCUUCGACCUGUCAGAGGAAUUUGGGAGAAGAGCCCAGCUCUCGAUUUAAAUGAUCCAGCCACGGUCCUCAACCCAAAGACAGAUGUCCAGGUACACGUUAGUGAAAGGGAGAAAUGGGCUGGCAAAUGGAGGUUGCACAUGUUGCCCAGUACAUGUCGGGUGCCUCUUGAAUCAGGCUAG